ACUCCCUCCUCCCCAGUGUAUUGGUCCCUGACCAUAUUCCAAAGUAUACCUGAUGCCAUUUUUUAAAAGCUAAGAACCUGAGAAAAUAUUACUUCUUAGUUUAUUAUAUACCUCCUAAACAUAUUAUCUAUCUAUUGUUAGGUUAUUUGGAGCACUUUAGUUGUCUAAAUAGGCAUAUCACCUUCUUCUUUAAACCUUAUCACUGUGGUGAGUACUAUAUAUUUUCAACUUAGUAAAAGGGGCGAAACAGUAGAAUCAACUGAAUACUUCUGUUUUGAAACAGUGUUCCCUCCCUCGAUUUCCACAUAACUAGUGACUGUAGCUUCUAAAAAGAUCCAAACAUUAUAUUAUAAAGAGAUAGCAUAUAUAUGUAUAAUGUUGCUUGCGGAUAAACGUAAAAAAACCAAGUUGCUGGUAAGAUUGGACAUGAGGAGUACUGUUACAAUCUUAACACUCAGCCAGAGACUCCUCAGGAUGAAGCCGAGACGUAUCAGCAUUACUGGCGGGAGCGACGUAAAAGUAGGCGUAGAAGCGGCUCCGUGCCGCAUCAACUCACGCCUCGAGUCACACCAGGUGAUGCUAUUGCUUCAGAAAUACCAAAUGAACAUAACACUUCCCCAUCCAGUUUCUUGCCAUGGCUAGAGAAUGUUCA